AUGAGUUCCCCUGAAGAACGCCACGAGCCAACAAGAAGGCCGAACCCAAAAGGUUGGGUUCCGCCAAGGGCCCCCUACAAUCCCUAUGAUCCCACCGAUAUUCGUCCACCUGAGGGUUACCCUUCAGAAUUUCAAAUACCUGGCCAACAACCACAAGGAUUCUCAUCUAUUCCCAAACAACCUACGCAAUAUCAAAAGGUGAACGAAACGAUGGAGAGACUAAACUAUACUGCGAGACCAAUGUCUGAUUUGUAUCCAAAUCAAUACAAAGUUUUGCGUCGUGUUGACACAAACAAGAAGCUACAUUUGGGCUCUCGAUGGUUUGGAACAUUGGUAGGAGGGUCAGUGAUUUUCUACUUUACGUUUUUCUACAGAUGGAAUGAAGGUAGAGAUAAUGUGUUUAGCGAUUUUUAUCGAAGUCAGUUGUGGUUGAAGGAGAGAAUAUUUGGCGGUUUGAGUGAUCAAGAGUAUGAUGACUUGCAUUUCCCAAAGCUGGGAUAUACUGUGUUGCAUAGUGUAAAGGAUGCUCAGUAUAUACCAGAUGAUUUGAGAAAGACACAAGAAGGAGAGUUUGUUCUUAAUAGACCUAGUGAGAGGCAUUUACUUGAAGCAGAAAGAAUACAACAGGAACAAGAGGAGAGAAUGUUGGCAGGGUUGGAUAUAAAGAAACUCGACAACAAAUCCAAUAAGUCCGGGAAAUGGUUUGGAAUCUUUUGA